CUCUCUUUAGCUCAUGUGACUUUGGACCCUGACACUGCACACCCCCACCUUGUCGUGUCUGCAGAUGGUCGUCGUGUACAAAAUCUGUUUAAAGACCAGAAUGUCCCUGACACUCCACUCAGGUUUGACACCUGGCACUUUGUCCUGGGGAGGGAGAGUUUCACCUCAGGACAGCAGUACUGGGAGGUGGAUGUGAAGGAGAGGACUGACUGGUACUUGGGUGUCGUCAGCGAGUCUGCACAGAGGAAAGGACGAGUGAGUCUGAAACCACAGUCAGGAUACUGGAUUGUGAGGCUGAAUAGUGGUGAGCUGACUGCACUGACUGACCCUGAGACCACACUACGACUGAGAGCGAUAUCCCAAAUGGUGGGGGUGCACCUGGAUUGUGAUGAGGGGCGCCUCUCAUUUUACAGUGUGGAGGACCACUGGCACAUCUACACCUUCAAUGGAGGCGUCACUGGGAAACUGUACCCACUGUUUGAACCUGGAAAUGAGGGAGAAGAGCUUGAGAUCCUGCAACCUGGACAUGAAACAAACCACACUGACCAGCACAAGGAAGUUGUCUAACAGAGAUUAUGCCACAGAUAUAUUUACAGAUUUGUUUUUAAAUCUCUGCAGUUUUGUUUCAUGAAGAAUUAAUGUGGAUUGCCAUUAAGUGCAGUGCCUUGCAGCCAUUAGAUUUGUAGUUUCAUGUGUUUGUUUUACAUCAGUGUUUGACAAAGCUAAGACAGGAGACAGAAGUGCACUGCCCAGAAACUGGUAAGGACUGGAAUAAAACAAAUAUCAUAGACUUUGAAAUGAAAAAAGUAAUAUUGUAGUCGUUUAACAUGUGUGCUUACAUAAGACUGUCAGCGCAACAAUCUGGCAAGACAAAGGCAAAGAGAUUUUAUUGUGUUUAAUUGUAUCAGUUCUUCUGUCUUUACUUUACUUGACUGACAUUUAACCUGCAAGUGGAAAACCUUUGGAUAUCUGGAUCUGUUCUGCUCUCCAGAAAACAGGGCAGUUCAAUGAAAAAUUAUUUAGAUUUGGCUUAAAACUAUGGAAGAACUUUCAUCUGUCUCCUGAUAUGUGUGUAUUGUAAUUUGUUAUCAGUCAAAGUCAGUCAUUCAGAUUAAUUUUAGAAUUAUUUUAUUGUAUUCUGGCAUUAACCUCCUGAUAU